UCUUAGAAGAAAAAAAACAAACAACCAACAAAUUAAAGAUCAAUUAAGAUGGCAGCAAAGUACCAUGUUCGCUCAAACAGUUUUCCAUCUCAAACUCAUCCUAACUCAACAAGAAUAGAACAAGAGCUAUGCAAAAUCAAGACAUGGGAAGCCACAUCAACAUCCACAUCACAUUCAAUUACCACUGGUCUUUCCUAUCUUGAAGAUUUGUAUAUUUCAUUGGAAGAUCUUCUCAAUAUGACAUCAACACAAAAGGCCAUUUCUCACAAUCAGGGUGAGAAAUUCGUAGAAGAGUUGAUGAAUGGUUCGGUGAAAAUUUUGGAUUUUUGUGGCAUCACAAGAGACACCAUGUUACAAAUUAAGGAAAAUGUUCAAACACUUCACUCUUCUCUUAGAAGGAGAAAGGGAGAUUCGUGCAUUGAAACAAGCGUAGCUGAAUAUAAAUUUUUCACAAAGAAGAUGAAAAAGAACGUCACAAAGUUGAUCACAUCUUUAAAACACAUGGAAAGUAAAUUUGGAGCUUCCUCGCUUUUGAAUCAAGAUCAAGAAGUUGUUGCUGUGAUAAGAGUUCUUAGAGAGGUCAUAGUAAUGAACAUGUCUAUCUUUCAAUCCAUUUUGUCUUUCUUGGUUGGAUCUGCAUCAAAGUCAAAGGCAACCAAAUGGAUGAAAGUGUCAAAGUUAAUGCAUAAGAGGGUAAUAUCAUGUGAAGAGGGUAAUGAAUUGCAGUGUGUAGAAGCAUCUUUGAGAACCAUUUUAAGUGAAGGUUCUAAUGUUGCCAAGAUGCAGGCUACGCAUGAAAAAUGCGAGGCUUUGGAGAAUGCAAUUGAAAUGAUAGAAAAUGGUUUAGAGAAUGUAUUUAGGCAUUUGGUUAAGACUAGAGUCUGCCUUUUGAACAUAGUGACUCUAUCUUAGGAUCUCCUGAGGAUUGAAAAAUUUUGCAGUCAAUUUGUAUAUAAAUAUUGUAUAUACAAUUCAAUAGUGAUACAAUCAAAU